CCGGGCAGGGCAAGGUGAAACGGUCAUCAAUCUUCUCAGAAAAUGCAGCUUACUUGCUGACGUCACACUCUGGACUCCGGUCAUAUAUACACGGCCUGAGACAGGAAAUGCAAUCUUCCCAACAUCGAAAGGUCUUUCAGACUCUGUGGAAUUCAGUGGUUCUAUCUUGGAUCAAGGUUAAAUCAUGCUAGCGAGCCGGGCUAUUUUGUGCAAACAAACAUUGGCUGUUCUCGGUCAACAGCCCGCCGCUUUUGUCCAUCACGGUAACCAAGGCCAUUGGGGGAACGCCAACGUUGCCGUGGUGUUCUCGGGAUGUGGUUGGUUGGACGGGACUGAUGUCCACGAGGGCGCCUACACCAUGUACCAUCUGAGUCGCAACGGCGCUCGCUUCCAGAUGUUUGCUCCUAAUCAGCGGCAGACCCAUGUCAUGGACCACGUGAAGAAGCAGCCUGCUUCUGGAGAAAACCGUAACGUGAUGGUGGAGUCUGCUCGAUUCAGCCAUAACGAAGGAAUGAUGCAAAUGCACGAUCUGUCCAAGCUGGAUGUCGACGCUUUUGAUGCUAUCAUCUUCCCUGGAGGUCACGGGAUCAUCAAAAACCUGUCCUCUUUUGUGAAGGAUGGCAAAGACUGCAAGCUGCACCAGGAUGUGGAAAGAGUCCUCAAAGAUUUUCACCGCUCACAAAAACCCAUUGGUCUGUCCAGCACGGCUCCUGUGCUGGCAUGCCGGGUGCUGCCCAGCCUUGAGGUGACCAUGGGCUACGAACACGAUGACAAAAGCCUCUGGGGGAAGUGGCCUCAUACAAACAUGGUGCAGGCUGUGAAGAGCAUGGGUGCGCGCCACACUGUCCGUGAGCCAUACGAAGUCCAUGUGGACGAGAAGAACAAAGUUGUCAGCACGCCCUCCUUCAUGUGGGAGACCGAGCUCCAUUAUCACUAUAUAUUUGAUGGCAUUGGAAAUAUGGUCAAGCAUGUCAUGCGAAUGUCAAGCAAGUGAUGUGACAGUGGAUGCCAGUGUUAAUUUGCAGAAUGACCUCAGAAUUACAGCAAAUGCUCUCAGCAGCCACCAGAUUAAAGUCCACCUGUACAAAUGAGAUCUGAUACAAGGACUGUUUCAAAACUUUAGAGAUGAUAACAUUCACUUUUGCUUGACAAUUAUUAUUUAAUAGCGUGCAUUUGCUGCCACUGUCACGUAGCCAAAUAAGUCACAACUCUUUGAUUAGAUUUCACAGAUGUACUUACUGAAGUGUGUAAAAUCUUUAGUUAAAGCAUGA